GUAUGCAGGCGCGACGAACACGGUAGAGGAGGUGGAGGUAGAGGUCGACGAGGUUAAGAUGGAAGCGGAGGACCAUUUGGCGAGGGAGUAUGUGCAGGAGUUUGUCCUCGAUCAUCUGGACCCCGCCGACGUCAAGCGAGAGGUGCGAAUGGGCUCGCCGACCGUGAUGGUGAACGGUAGCGUGGUGCAACUUUCGGGACCGGUGCAGCCGCAGGGCUUGACCUUGGCGCCGUUGACGCCGCCUGCGCACGAGCUGGAGCAGCCCCAUCCGCUGUACGGGCAGCCGCACAUUCAGGUGCAGCACGGCGUCCUGGUGAAGGCACCGCCUGGCACCGCGGCGCAUCUCACCACGCUGUCGCACCCGGGCACGCCGCCGGACACUCCGCCGGUCUCGGCCUCACCGCCGCCGCCGCUGCAGCUGCAUCGCGGCGACCGCGAGCUGCGGGAGCCGCGCGAUGGCCGCGACCGCGGCGGCAUCCUGCUGCAGUUGCAGCAACCGCCGGCGCUGGUGCAGGAGGAGAUACAGGUCAGCGCGGGCGGCAUGGGCUGGCUCACGCAGUCGUUGCGGCAGGAACCGCUGGACCUGAGGCCCCAUUGCCCUCAGGAGCAAACCCCGGAGCCGCACCACGAGCCUUGGUCGACCACGUCGGCGCACCAUCAUUUCCAGGAGUUGCAGCACCUGCCGCGACCUACCAGACACGCGGGCUACUUGACGAUGUCGAGUCACCUCGAUUACUACGGUGGUCCUGGCACAGGGAGCGGGAUGCUUCCCGCCGGCGGGGGUGUGCUGCAGGGGAUAGAGGACAGCAUGCAGGGCAUGUCCUUGCAGCCGGGCAGGCCCUUGAGCGUGUGCUCGGUGAGCUCCUGCGGCGCCGGCGGGCCCAGCCCGGCUCACCGAGCCGGCAACGGUCUCUACUCCAACUGCAACGGCUCGAAUGCUCAGGAGGAGCUGAUGAAUGACGAGCUCCUAAUGUCGCUGUCGGUGCGCGAACUCAACAAACGCCUCCACGGCUGCCCGCGGGAGGAGGUUGUGAGGCUGAAGCAAAAGCGGCGGACGCUGAAGAAUCGCGGUUACGCGCAGAAUUGCCGCAGCAAGCGGCUGCAGCAACGCCACGACCUCGAAACCACCAACCGGAAUCUGCAGAACGAGCUGCAACGCACGAAGGUCGAGCUGUCGCGGCUGCAGCAGGAGUGCGAUCUUUACAAGCAGCGGUACGAGAUGCUGAGGACGCAGCAGAGUCACCAUCACAAUCACAGUCAGAGCCAUCACCAACAACAGACGUCGCAGCAGCAGCAGCAGCAGCAGCAGCAGCAGCAGCAGCAGCAGCAGCAGCAACAGCAGCAGCAGCAGCAGCAACACCGGACCCAGCAGACCCAGCAGCCACACCCGCAGCAGCAGCAGCAACAGCAACACCAACCGGCACCUGCGAGCCCCGAAGUCUACCUGUGACAUCGACAGCGCCGAGGAGGCGCUUGUUGGACUUGAAGAAUCUUCCAUUGCCGGUUGAUCAGUGGAUUCUCCAUUGGUGAGUGACGACAAUUGGUAAUUCGGUGGAAGUUUUCGAUGAAAUCUUAUUAAAUUGCGUAAGCACAUUUUAUUCGACUUGAAGGCAUUUUUUGGUAUGAAAUUUUCGUAAAGUUUUGGCGAGUAAAAUUCUUGGCGACGUUAAGCGACGGGUGAAAACAGCAGGGAGUCACCGUUAGACGUUCGACGAGAUACCGAGUCGAUGUUGCUCAUUUUAUUCGUAAACAUUAAUCCGUGGAAUUUUGUUUUCUUCCUUUAUUUCACUUGACAAAAAACACGACGAAGCUUCUGCACCGGCCUUAAUGUGUCACGACGAACGCGGACUGUUCUCGUGUGCAGUGUGACGUUCGUGCGCUUAUAUCGUCUAGGUGGAUAAAAAUAUUUCAUAUAUCUGGCUACGCGUAAAGAUUACAUGAAACCGCGUUGCGUAACCAACAGUGAUAUACACGUUGACCUUGAAAUAUUGACUAUGUUUCUAAAAUGUGCAUGUGAAGCCUUUCACGACGCGCGCGUGUAUCUGGAAGUGCAUGAUAAUACCCAAGAGUGGCGGAGGGUGUUUCAGUCGCAAAUUCCCACGUAGUAUUAUUUUUCUAUAGAACUUAACGUCAGUGCCGAGCAAAACGCGUAGAUCGCAAUUUGACUACGUCGACUACGAAGAGCACACGUGACAGACUGUCAUGCCACUGAUACGUACCGACCGAUUCAAACAGUUUGAGCAAAUGGGGGAACGAAGUUGGACGUGAAAACGAAAGUUUGACUCGACGGAUUUAUUUAUGUCCUCAGCGUGAAUUCAAGAGACAUCGUACAAACUUUCCGACAAAAUUCCUUUUAAUAUCGCUUAUACCCGGAAUACACAUUAUUUUCAAGGUUCGCACCCUUUUGCUCGGAGCGACCGCGUCUUGUAUCGAAAAUUCAGCCGCGAGAGGCUAAGACGAAAAUAAAGCGGAUUGUAUUUCUCGCGCGCGGAUUUGCAGAGGAUUAUAAUCUCGAGUCCAUGUAAAUCUGAGUUACUGAGCUUGAACUUAUUUCGUUGGACAUUCCCGGCAUUAUAUAUCGAGGACGAGAAGCCCUUAUACCUUUGCGCAUAAUUCUGACGUCGGAGUUGUAAAAUGUCGCGCAUAAUUACACAGGCUAAAAUUACGCGACCCGCGUAGUGCAUGAUUUUUUUCAAACAGUUAUACUUACCAUCACACACACACACACACACACACACACACACACGCGCGCGCGCGAAACUAUAAAUAAAACUCUCUCUGUACGCAAAAAUAGAUAGACGAUUCGAGAUUCGCUCGAAAGCGUAUCGCAUAAUGUCGCAUAAUAUGCAAUAUGUGUUUGAACGGUCGAUUGUUCGGUUGUUUGCAGCUUGACCACGGAUCGCGAAGAAUCGGCGGGAUUGCGAGAAGCAGUUUCUCAGUCGAGACUUAAGCCCUAAGCACACUCUAAGCUACACGUGUAUAUAACGCUCAAUUUCCCGAUUUAUAUGUCGCAGUUCUUUUUGGUUCUUUUCUUUUCGGGCUGUGACACGCCGAGAGCUCGGCUGUCGAGCUGACCUUGACGAGAACAUGUAAGCGGUUAUCUCGCGUAACUGAAGUAUCAAUAGGUUAAAGGUAUCUAGAUGAAUCGACUUUAGCGUAUAUGUGUUAGGCGAUUUGGUCGAACAUUGUCGAACGGGCGGAACAAGGGACAAAGAGGUCGCCGGAGCGGAGUGCAAAGCUCCGAGAGAAAAGCUUACGUUAAGUGACGUAGUAUUAAGGAAUCUCCGUGUCCUGUUUGUUAUGUAAUUUUUAGCAAAUGGUUUUAUAUAGUUACGGUUUAGUUAUUAAUAACACGAUUAGAAAUAGAUACGCGUGCGGGCGCUCGGUAUCACCGUGUGAGUGGCGAGGUUUCAGACGAGGGUUGAAGCCGCUCGGGAUCUUGAGAGUUGUUUCUCAAGUUGCGUAGAUAGAUCGCGCAAUUUUUAACAUGGAUUAGCAUUCGCGCGCGCGCGUAACUUGUGGCGUGGAUUGAACAAGGAAUAAGCAAUCGUUGCGAUUGGUGGCGAGACUUUGGACUACGUAAUUGAGACGUCAGAGUGUUAACCGGCGACGUGAGUCGUCAGGCGAAUUCUGUUUGAAAAUUAUGAACGCUACCGCACGACGAAAUAAAGCAAAAUUCUGCAUGCUAAUACACAAUUUCUGGCGUCCGCUCAGUCCGCGAGUCGAGUAUCUGAUUUUACGUACGUAUUGAAAAAGAAGCUUCCGAAUUGCAACUUGAUCCUGAAGAAAAUUUCCGCCAUUACUUAACGCGAUAUUUUCUGUUACUCCCCCGCGCAGUCUCGCAGUCUCGCGCAGUCUCGCGAUCAAAUUUGAUUCUCCGGUUUCAUUCGCGACGCAGUAGACCCAUUUCCCGUCUAUUUGUCCCACUUGAUCUCAGCGAUUACUCGAGCAAGAUUCCGAUCGUGUUUCAAACCGUCCUGUCUAAAAUCGCUUGGGAUUUUAUUUAUAUACAUCCGAAUGGCUAUGCGUGUCGAGGAAUAACACUUGGUACACGCGCGCGUUCUAUUUAUCGGAAAUUGAAACCUUGUUAUGUGGUUUCGGUACGUCCAACUUUCUGUUCGAUCCAACAGAUAUGGGAAAGUGCGUCAUGAACUCGUUAAUAUCCACCGGAUAGAUAAAUUUUCGAUCCAAUGCAUCGUGUCUGGAUACUGAUGUAUGUCAUAAUUAUAUUCGUAUGUUACAAGGAGCACAGAUGACGAUCAUUCAGUAAAUGACAAUUAGCAGUUGACACAUUAUAUGAAACUAGAAGAAGAAACUAAAACUUUAUUCCAUAUUAAAUGAAAUUGUCAAAAGUUAGCUUCGAUUUCUGUCUUCAGCAUAUAGUUAAAUUUUAAAUUUGAAUUGUAUUAUUUAUGCAUGUCAUUUGCCAGUGCCUUUUCAUUUUUAUCACUUUCCAUCGAUCCUCCUUCCUGUCGCCAGGAAAUCUUGUAUAAAACCAUACGACAUCGAAUUGUGCACAUGUUCUUCAUCAAAAUGUAAAAGGAGAAAAAUACAAGAAAAUUUACGAAAAAUUUUUUGUUAGUUAGAGAGAUUGAUAAUUUCAGAGGGCAUUAUUUUCUCAUGCUGCGAAUAGAAAUGUGUUUAGUGUUUGAUUGAAUUAUUAGUGGCGUUUCACGUCUUAACGGACUUUGCACUACAUAAGAUGGGCUUAAGACGUUUCUCUGAGAGGAUCUCGCAAACGACCAGAAUAAAUUUUUAUA